GUUGCCAGUAGUAACUUUCCGUUCUUUGAGGAAGAAGGUAUCGUGAAGGAAAUAGACAUCAGUCAUCAUGUGAAGGAAGGUUUUGAAAAAGCAGAUCCUUCUCAGUUUGAACUGCUGAAAGUGUUAGGACAAGGUUCAUAUGGAAAGGUAUUUCUAGUGAGGAAGAUCAAAGGAUCUGAUGCAGGUCAGCUUUAUGCCAUGAAGGUACUUAAGAAGGCAACUCUUAAAGUUCGGGAUCGGGUACGAUCAAAAAUGGAGAGAGAUAUUUUGGCAGAAGUGAAUCAUCCUUUCAUAGUCAAGCUUCAUUAUGCAUUUCAAACAGAGGGCAAGUUGUAUCUAAUACUAGAUUUCCUGCGGGGAGGGGACCUUUUCACAAGACUCUCCAAAGAGGUGAUGUUUACAGAAGAGGAUGUCAAGUUCUACUUAGCUGAGCUGGCCUUGGCAUUAGACCACCUCCAUGGUCUUGGAAUUAUUUACAGGGAUCUAAAACCAGAAAACAUUCUUCUUGAUGAAGAGGGCCACAUUAAGAUAACAGAUUUUGGUCUGAGUAAAGAAGCCAUCGACCAUGACAAGAGAGCGUAUUCAUUCUGUGGGACAAUAGAGUAUAUGGCCCCAGAGGUGGUCAACCGCAGAGGACACACACAGAGUGCUGACUGGUGGUCUUUUGGCGUACUCAUGUUUGAGAUGCUGACGGGAUCGUUACCCUUCCAAGGAAAAGACAGAAAGGAGACAAUGGCACUCAUUCUCAAAGCCAAGCUGGGAAUGCCGCAGUUCUUGAGCAUAGAAGCCCAGAGCCUGCUGCGAGCCCUCUUCAAAAGGAACCCCUCCAACAGAUUAGGUGCUGGAUUCGAUGGAGUGGAAGAAAUUAAACGUCACCCUUUCUUUGUUACUAUAGACUGGAAC